UUGCAAUCAAAUUAAUGCGUAUUUUAUCAUUUGCGUUUUCACUGCACUGCUAAUCUAAAAUCAGUAACAACUUUCUAUCGGCCAAAGCUGUUUUAGGUUUAACUUUUUCUCGAAGAUGGCCAAUUACGCUUACGUAAUCAAAUAUAUGUUAUGUGAAGUCAUUUCUCAUGCAACUAUCGCAUCUGUUUCGUUUCUAAAUAUUUGUUGUGAGAAACAAAAGCUAAAUGUAUAUUGGCAACGUUUUAUUUUUGUAGCAUAAAAGAGUUGUUUUGUAACUUGAGUAGUGCGAUGUAAUACGCAGCGGGUAGUACGUAAUGUUUGUAAAUCAUCAGCUCCACAAGUAACCCAUAUACUAUAGAUCUCCCAGACGGGGGCGUGGCUUUCGUCACGGCGCGUCGGCGUCUCGUCGACGUCGCAUCUCUAAGAUUGUUCUAGAUCCAACGCUUCACACCCAUCUUUCCCGAUAUUCAGAUUUGCCAAUUAACUCCCGUCAAGUUUACAUUGAUAACGACUUGAUUAGUGUCAAAGAUCAGAACCUUUUUUACUUAUCAGUUUACAUUUUUUUAGGGUGUGUUUUGCAUGACAUGUUUAUGCUUUACUAUCAGAUUACAGAUAGUAUGGCAUCGCUCAAUGAUGUCAAAUCUUGCAAGUGUCAUUUAUACACACAGUCAUUGAAAACCUAAAUGACCUAUACACUAAAAAGCGUUUUUUUUUUAAUUUAACAAUUUGUAAAUAAACAUAUAGACUGUUUAAUAUUCAAAACGAAGAAGAAAAUGUUUUGAGUGUUUUGAUUAUUCUCAGUAUGUGUGUCGAUAUUUAUAAAAUAUUUUAAUGUAUGUGAUUUCUUAUAAACAUGUUGAACAUUAAUAAUUAAUAACAGGCAAUCUUAUGAUAAAUGAAGUAAUCAUGUUAAUAGAAAAUUAAUAUGCUUCUCGACUAGAGGUGAUGAUGAUCAUCAAAAAAAUCCUCGGUUUCAAUACCGACUCUCGAGGCGCGUAUUCGCACCUUGAUCUAAAUACUUGCGACAUCGUGUAGUGAGUGCGGUUGUACGACUUUAUUAUAAUCUACUAUUUCAAACUGAUUCUGAUACCGCACGUAAUAAUUUAAGACCGUUAAAAGUCAGUAUAAACUUAUGAAAUAUGCUUACGCAACAAUGCAAACUCCUAAAUGUUUUAAUUCUGCAAACCUGCUAACAUAGACCCUCCCUUUCACCGUCUGUACAGUCUCCACAACAAUGGCUUUGAUUUCAAUCAUUAUUCAUUACAAUUCCCAAAUUAUGUUUGUAUAAUAAUGGGUGAAUUCGUCAGAUUUUCGUUUUAUUGGACCAAUGAAUUGUUACUUUACAAUGGAAUCAAAAUUUGUUACUCGUUUAGUAAAAGUAAACUCCGCAAUGAAUGAGUGCACAGUGAAGUCGGUCGUCUAGUGAGAAUAACACUUGCCUUUUACUUACCCAUUGUUUUCGAAAUCUCGCUAAAAAGAGAAUUCGCAUGUACACGCGGAGUUACAUUCAACAUACAAUUUGAAUUUUUAAAUUACUCAAAUGCAGUAUAAAAUCUCCAUUCCGGCUCCGACGAGUGGCAACGGGUCACCGAGCGAGUCCACAUUUAAAUUCAGUAUCAAUAGCAAUGCAGAAAUGGAAGGUCCACAGGGUUCGUUUGAGUGCGUUCGGGGUGGCGGCGCGCGGCGUCUGGAGUCGUGCGGGCCGCUGCCGCGGAGGAUGCGCGUACAGGCCAACGACGACUCGUACGAGGCCACCAAGGACCGCAUGUCCAGAACUAUCGCCGCGGAGCAGAGCAAAUGCACCCGCGUCAUAAAACCUAACCAAACGGAUAUUGGGCGACGAGUCAAAGUACGCUCAACACACCCCGCAUACUCCAACGGGCCGUCGAACCAGACCGAACGGCUCGAGAGACCCGAACGGCCCGAACGGCUUGAGCGGUCCGAGCGGCCCGAGCGGCCCGAACGCUCAGAACGGCCCGACAGACCCGAGCGGUCGGAACGGACCGAGCGCCCUGAACGGCAAGAACGUCCCGAGCGGCAGGAGCGACCGGAGCGGUCUGAUAGACCCGAUCGGACGGAGAGAGCCGAGCGCGUUGAGAGGCCGGCGGUGGUGCCGCCAGCGACCCGCCCGCCGCCCGUGGCGCCGUCGCUCCCCCCCACACAGCCCCAGCAGCACCCUCAACCACUCCCCCAUCAGGCGCAGCGGCCUCCCCCCAACCCAGACCUCACGAAGCGGCCUAUAAAAGAAAGACUUAUACAAUUAUUAGCACUGAAACCUUUCAAGAAGCCUGAACUGUACGCCAGACUCAGCAGUGAGGGCAUCAAAGAAAAGGAGCGUAUGAUGGUGAACAAAAUCCUGCCAGAGAUUGGCACGCUCAAGGACAAUUGUUACCACUUACGUAGGCACAUAUGGAAUGACGUUAAUGAAGAGUGGACCUUCUAUACGGAGGAAGAGAAACGUAUGCUCAAGAGGCGGAAACCUCAAAACCUAACCCCCCCGCUGAGCAGCGACUCGGCGAACUCGCUGUCGCCGCGCGCGUCGCCCGGCGCCGGCAAGCGCGGCGGCGCGGGCCCCGACGACGCGCCCGCGACCAAGAAGCAGCGCAUCUCGCACUACCGGAGGCCCUCGCCGCCCUCCUCCGGCUACGCGACCACCUCCUCCGGCGAGCGGCACGCCUCCGACAACGAGGACGACCGGACAGCGGUGAAAAAGGAUAACGGCUAUACUCUCAACUUCACCACGGUUAAGGAUCUCUGCCCCAGUCCUGUGAAGGCGAACGGCUUUAGUAGAAGUAGUCCCCCUGUAGAGCAAACUAGUAUUACAGUAAAAGACAUCACAAAUACGGAACAUUUAGAAAAUACAGCUUUAACGUCUGUGCCUGAAGAAAACACGACUGAAACUGUAGACAUUGAAAGACAAUACCCCCCAAUAACGAGUUCGAGCACGCGACGAGCGUACAAGAACGAGUUCGCCACGCUGUACACGGAGUACCAGUCGCUGUACGCGCGCGUGGCGCAGGUCGCGGCGCUGUUCACGCAGCUCGAGCAGCAGCUCAAGCGGGCCGAGCCCAAGUCGCCGCAGCACCGGGUGAGUUCCUCCACGAGUACACGCCGCUGUUACACGCACGAGAACGAGUUCGCCACGCUGUACACGGAGUACCAGUCGCUGUACGCGCGCGUGGCGCAGGUCGCGGCGCUGUUCACGCAGCUCGAGCAGCAGCUCAAGCGGGCCGAGCCCAAGUCGCCGCAGCACCGGGUGAGUUCCUCCACGAGUACACGCCGCUGUUACACGCACGAGAACGAGUUCGCCACGCUGUACACGGAGUACCAGUCGCUGUACGCGCGCGUGGCGCAGGUCGCGGCGCUGUUCACGCAGCUCGAGCAGCAGCUCAAGCGGGCCGAGCCCAAGUCGCCGCAGCACCGGGUGAGUUCCUCCACGAGUACACGCCGCUGUUACACGCACGAGAACGAGUUCGCCACGCUGUACACGGAGUACCAGUCGCUGUACGCGCGCGUGGCGCAGGUCGCGGCGCUGUUCACGCAGCUCGAGCAGCAGCUCAAGCGGGCCGAGCCCAAGUCGCCGCAGCACCGGAGAAUCGAGCUGCACAUAGUGGAGGAGUACCAGCGAAUGCGCAACGACGCGGACUACCAGCGCGAGAGGCGGCGCGUCAACUACCUGCACCGCAAGCUCAACCACAUCAAGCGGAUGGUACACCAGUACGAUCAGCUGCGCAACCUAAAGCAGGAACGCGUGUCGGCGGCCAGCACGACUCAAGCGUACUGACACGCGAGCUCCCCGCCGUCCGCCCGCUGCCUUUAGUACAGUAACACUCCACCCGAGCAUCGCAGCACACAUGGACUAUUUACCUACGCCCUCUAGCGGCUGACAUGUUGGACUAUUCAACCGAUUCCAAGUGUCGCCCACUAGUGGCGGAGUUGACAGUGCGAGCCAAAUUACUGCAGUAUUGUUGAUGUGUGUAUUUAAAAAAAAAAAUAAGCAAAAACGACGGUAGUUUUAAGCUAUCCGUUAUCGAGAUUCCUAUUGAUGCUGCCUUAAAUCGGUCUGAAAGAAAAAAAAAUAAUCAAAACAUACCGCCAUAUUUAUAAACGUGGAUUGAUUUAAACCACAAUUGGGUAGUGGAUUUUUUUUUUAUUGUACAUUGAAAGUAUUGUCAUAGAAGAGCAAUUUCGUAGAAGUGACAGUGGUGACUUUGUAGCGUUGCUGUUAAACGGCCGAAAACGCCCCAUAAUAACUUUUUUUGUGUGAUGUCACACCGACGAAAAAUCGGUAACUUGUUUGGGCGUUCAAACAAAAUUACAGAUUUUUUUGUUACUUGUGAUUAUACUUUUCAUAAUGACAAAAUAUCUAAAGUAAGGAUCUAAAAUUAUAAAGUUUUUCAUCUUAUUAUAAGUUGAAAAAUAUCCUGUUUGUUUUUUGUUUUUUCAUAAAUCAAUGAGUUAAUAUUAACUUAAUUUCCUCGAAUGACUAAUAAAAAUUAAUAUAUUCAAGGCAGUAAAUACCCAAUUUUCUUUAAAGUAAAGUGGACCGAAUGUAAAGUUUACUUCACUUUGAAGAACAUUAAGGCUUAAAUCUAAAUCCAUGUUUAUAAAUGUGGCCGUUGAAUAUUAAAAAAAAAGUUAAAAAAGAAAGACUUUGGAAGUUUUAUAUUGUACGGUUUUGGACCGACGUCGCGCGAUUUUGUAUAAAAAUGGAUAGGUAUUUACAAUUUGUACACACAUGGCCUUUCUGCUGAUUUGGUGUUUGUUAUAUAUUGUUUGGUCGGCAGUUUAGUUGAAAGAGAUAUUGUUAUAUUGCAGCAAAAUACGUUUAGUUUUAUGGUUCUUCCAUUAUUUUUAUAGAUCGUAACGGUUAUUUCGAUGUUACACCAUGUGAGGUCUUCGCGUUGUACCGGAUAUGAGGGCCCAUAUAACAUACAUACAUACAUACAAUUUUUAAGAAAAACAUUUAUAAACCCUAGCUAAUUAUAUUAUUACGUAUUUUCGGACAUUAAACUAUAUUUAAUGUAAUAUCAAACUUUAUUUUUUUACCGGGUUCUUGGGUUUUUCUGUUUUGAUUAUGUUGAACGUCAGGAUGUCGGUUUGUUUGUUGUCGUUUCCGUGCCAUAAUCGGAGCAGAAAGACGCAAUGGUUAUAUAAAAUAUUGUAACAUAAUGUUGUUUGCUAUUGUUAGUAGUGGAAAGGAUCUUGAUGCGAAUAUUGAAAAAUAAUAACACACAUUGUUGGAUCCUGAAUAUGUUUUUAUCGAUCGGUUUUUAUAUAAUGUAAAUAUGUAACGAAAAAUCUUUUAUAUUUUAUAUAAUAUCAAAUAGUACAUAAUAGUCCAAUAGUAGAAAAUAUUUGUUCGUCCACAUUUUUUAUUCCACUCGAAUAAACAUUGCCGUCUCAAAUUAUAUUGUUGUCCAAAUUAAAUUUGCUUCUAGAUUAUUGCCCUUCGAUCGAAAAAAUCAAUAGCAUUUUUUUUAUAAAAUUGCACUUUUUAAAAAUACAUAACCGACUUUGAAAUAAUGAAAGCAAGUAAACUGUUGCAUUGAUUUUUGCGUAGUUUCUUGACAAUGAUUCCUUUGUUUUUGUAGUCGGUUUAAAAUAUAUUUAUGGACGAACUGCCAUUUUAAAAAACGGAUAAAUCACCAUGUAACGUUUAGCGCAAUGUCGUCCCUUUCGCUUCGAUGCAAUCCAUCCAUUUUCUAAUACAUUGGACGUUCAUUUUGUACGCGUCUUGCCCUGCUUGCAUGUUGUAUAUAGUAAUAUUAUAUAAAGUAAAAAAAAAAAGAUUUAUCAUGUUCUCGUUAAAUUUUUAAACUGUGGGUAGUGUAAUAUUUUUCCGUUCGUUUUAUUCGUCUUAUUGAACAAUGUAAUUAAUAAUUACACAUAUAUUAUUAUUAUAUUAUUAUCUAUACAGGGUGCUGGGGAGUAUUUCCCAUAACUCUGGGAUUAUUUAUUUAAAAUUAAUUAAAAAUGUUCAGGGAAUGGGUGUUCUAAAAUUAAUAUUUUUGGGGAAAAUAAUAUUUCUUUUGUAAAUAGAUCUUAAAAUGUACCCCAUAAGGGGUAUAUGCGUAUAAACGCAUCCUUAUAGUUAUGACGUAGCCAAGUUUGACGUAUUUUAAAAGGCGUGUGUUUUACAUGGAUAGUCGAAAUUAUUUUAAUAACUUUGUAUGACAACAUAAAAAGUUUUUAUUUUUUAGUUAAAAAAGUAUUAGUUAUGCAGUUCGACUCCUGUGGUCUCGUCAACAACUUGAAGUUGUGGUAAAUACUCCCGAGCACCCUGUAUAUAAUAUAUCAAGUUCGUUCCGUAACUCAAGUCGUGUUGUUGCCGCGCAAACGAAGAUCUUGUACAAUAUCUCGGCGGCUUUGAUAACUCAUUGAUGUCACAAAAAAAAUCUCUCAAAUGAGAUGAAUCUAGUAUUAAAUAAAAAAAAUGCGGUGAUAACACGACAGAGGUUGAAUACGUAAUCGUCGCUUAGGUGGCAAGCCUAUGUCUGAAUCUGUUAGGAUUUUCGGAAUUUAUUUCUCACCGUUGUAUUUUGUAAGUACAAAAAAAAUGCUUCCGGUAUAUUUAUAUAUCAAAAUAGUCAAAAUACACAAUUCGUUAAUUUUACACUUUAUAUAUUGACAAAAGAAAAGAUGUCAUAAAUAUAUAUUUUUAAUUACUAGUCCUUUGUUUUAGUUUUUGGUUAUAUUAUAUUAAAACAUACUCAGGUUUUAUUUUUGCAAACGGUUUUUAUUUUCACAUCAUUGCAAACAGUUAAUUUCAGGCCUUCUCAUGAAUAACAAAGCAAACUUUUAUUAAAAUCGUAGAGAUCUAAAUAGUUUUUUUGUUGAUUCAGGUAAGAAAAAAGGCUUUGGUACCUAAGCGAUGGUAUUGUAGACAUAGAUUUUGCCAAAAUAAUAAAUACAUUUUUUAUAUUUAAUUAGUUUUUAAAAUAUGCUAUUACGUCUCGGAGUUAGCAACAACCGGCCAGUGUUGAACAUCCACUAGAAGUAAGGAAAUAUUCUGGUCCUCUUCGGAAUUACCCUCCAAAUCACAAUAAAAAGUAGUUAUUUUUAGUCUGCAUUAGGGCCAACGGACUUCUUACGUCUUAUUCAUUAUAUUAUUGAUUAUAUGAAAUAAUGCCGUGUGAUUAGUUCAAAGUCAACGAAUGGGAUCUAAUCGAAUGCCUUUGAAAGGGUGGACACCGUUUUCUUUGGUAUGAACCAAGUAUGCGAGAUGCGAUACGGGAUAUCUCGUGAUGAGAGAGGCAUUGUCUGUGAAAUCAUUGUAUGAGAGAAUGGCAAUAUGUCUUUCUGUCGUCAUGAGAAAAUAUCAAAAAAAAAUCCCAAGCCUAAUGGUAUAUUCGUUCGUUGAUCGAAGCCAGCGCAAAAGUAGUGGUAAGACAUACAGACAAGCAUCUAUCAGGUCAAUACACUUGCGUUGGUGUGUAAAAUUAAAGACAUCCCAGAAUACAUUUAUUUGCGUAUAUGUUCGUGUCACCGGCAUUAUACAUAUAGUUUUUGAAAUCUUAGUUGUUCUAAAAAGAAAAAUCUUUUGUGUGUCAAAAAGUAUUAGUAAUUUGUGCCCUCCCUGAAACUCAAAAUCUUUUUAGGAAUCAUUAAAAUUAAUUUUAAUAUCGAAAAUACUUUUUAAUUGAAAUCUAAAAUACUCAGUCUCUGGCCCAAGUGUAAGAAAAGCCGUCUUUCGUAUUUCGUAUUUUGUCCUAAAACUAACGUCCAUAUUUAAAAAAUGAUUUAGCGUUAAGUGAUUCUGAUUUUUAUCUCUGAAAGGAAACUAGAUUUUUGUGAGUCCACUUGUUUAAAACAAAAAAAAUAACAUUAUAUGGCUGUAUAGUGGCAAGUUGAAAGAAAAAUAUUCGUUUUAUCGAACAAGUUUUACAUAUUUUAAGUUCAAAGACAUUUUAUUAAAAUAGACAAUAAAAUAUAAUAACAACAUGACGGUUUUUAAGUUAUGGUUUACAUAUUAAAAAGUACGUAUUUUCAACCUAUUUAGUGUAGCUGUGCUUUGCUUUAUAACCUGAAUUGGAAAAUUCUUGAAUAAAAUGAAGUGGAAAGAGAGUCUUAUGAUUGUGAAAAGAUUUCAGGAUAUUCUCAGAUCAACAUUUUAAUUAUUACAAUUCGGUUUUAUUCUUUUUAUAGAUUAAUGCACCUAAUUGUAAAUAAAAAUUAAUAUUUCAUCAACUUGCCAUUACUGCAGCCUGGCAAAGUAUCCAAUUCUUUAAUAAAUUAAAAUUAUAUCUUGAGUGAUUAUCUUCCAAAAUUCGAUGCAUAAUAAUUAAUUUAUUGACUGUAAUAAUUUAAUUUAAUUUUUAGUUCAAUAUUUUUAUCAUCAAUUAUUUAUCAAGUUAUAAAAUUGUUUAAUACUCGAGUAACAUAUCUAUGUUGAUCGAAAGGUUUGACAUAAGUAUAAUAAUUAAAAAUGGAAACCUUGUUGAAUAAUGCUGUUAUUUCAGUUGAUUUCUGUCAAUUAGUAAGUCAUACGACGUCGCUAUUUCCAUAUUUCCAUUGAAACAAGUCAAUUGUUUUGUACGUAACAACACAUUUUUAUAGCGAGUGUCAAAUUAUCUGUCAAUUCGUGCGCCCUUGUUUGCUCACACCAUUUGUUAUUAUUUUAUCACUUUUACUCAUUCAAAUGCUCAAUACUGUGGUCUUGAUAUUAGAUAAUUAAACAUUGCUUUUGAAAAAACGUAAUUUAUUUUUCUUUCGCUCAUUUCAUUUUGAAUUCGAUAAAAAUUAAUCACUCAAAAAUUUUUACGUGUCCAUGAAAUUUAUUUAUGCGUAAUAUUUAUUAUAAUAUAUUGACCUAAUCGGUUUUAUAGAGUGCCAUCUACUUGCCCCGCACUCGCGUGUGUCUCGAAAAUACUAGAACAUCACAAUCAUUCUGUCUUCUCAAACUUAAGAAACACAAUUUGGUUUGAUGAGAACAAAUACGUUAAUAGUUAUUUAUAUCACAAGCGGCGAGUUGGUAAUUGAGGUCGAGGCGCGUUUUUAAACUCGGGUUUUAGUAGUUUUUAGGGUUCCGCAGACAACAAGGAACCCUUUUUUAAUAGUGCCGAGAGUUUGAUUAACAAUGCGCUCCUAUGCUCCGACGUUUUUCAAUACAUUAGUGAGUGAAAUACAGCAUGCACUACUAAACUACUUGUUACUAUUAAAAACUGAAAUAGAAAGUGAACAAUUCUUACUUACGCAUUUAUGAAAUUACAAGUCAAUUUACGAGCGAAUGUAUUGAAAAAAUAAUAAUAAUGUUAUUGUUACCAGUAGUUUAAGCGUCGAUUGUUUUAUUAUAAUAUAUUAUUAUUAUAAAUUUAUUAUUAAUAAUAAUCGUUUGUUUCUUAGGAGAUGGUGAUGAUUUCUUGUGUUAAACGUCGAAACUGUUAUGAUUGAAGUGGACAUUGUGAAAAUGCAUUCCAUUUAUCUGAGUCUUUAUUUUAGCACUGUUCUUUGAUGCACUGGGGUGCGGGCCACAUCUAAACGAAGAUACGUUGCUAUAUAUUAUGUAUGUAUUGAAAAUACCUCUCAAUUUUCAUUAUCGUAGAUCAGUCUUUGUGCUAUAGCUAACUUAUCUACUCCUAUAUCUAAUAUCUCAGAAGCUAAUUCAAUUCAAUCGCGUUUGAGGAUUUUGCAAGAUACAAAUGGAAAAGAGAUCAUCAUUUAUCAUCGUUUUUGAUUACAUUGAUUCCUUUAGGUGUUUUAUUUCCUUGUCCGCUGUUUAUUUCAUGUUCAUUCUGUUUUUUUUACUAAUUAUUAUUGCUACUUACCUUGUACUAAAUAAAUUCAAUCUAUUUUUAUUAUUACUUUUAAGCGUCGAUUGUUUUAUUAUAAUAUAUUAUUAUUAUAAAUUUAUUAUUAAUAAUAAUCGUUUGUUUCUUAGGAGAUGGUGAUGAUUUCUUGUGUUAAACGUCGAAACUGUUAUGAUUGAAGUGGACAUUGUGAAAAUGCAUUCCAUUUAUCUGAGUCUUUAUUUUAGCACUGUUCUUUGAUGCACUGGGGUGCGGGCCACAUCUAAACGAAGAUACGUUGCUAUAUAUUAUGUAUGUAUUGAAAAUACCUCUCAAUUUUCAUUAUCGUAGAUCAGUCUUUGUGCUAUAGCUAACUUAUCUACUCCUAUAUCUAAUAUCUCAGAAGCUAAUUCAAUUCAAUCGCGUUUGAGGAUUUUGCAAGAUACAAAUGGAAAAGAGAUCAUCAUUUAUCAUCGUUUUUGAUUACAUUGAUUCCUUUAGGUGUUUUAUUUCCUUGUCCGCUGUUUAUUUCAUGUUCAUUCUGUUUUUUUUACUAAUUAUUAUUGCUACUUACCUUGUACUAAAUAAAUUCAAUCUAUUUUUAUUAUUACUUUCGAAGCAUAAAAUAACUUUUUUUAAACGAUAAUAAUCUGUGAUGUUGCUUCGGUUAGAUGUACCCUGUGCCUUAUUUUUAUAAAUAUCGCUGUCAUCUCGUUAGAUAUAUUUCUAUUUAUUACUAUUAGCUAUAUAAGGAUGCCAUGAGGCGUUUACCGUGUGAUCUAUUAUAUAUUUAAAAUAAAAGUGCAUCAAUUAAUAUUAUAACAUACAAUGUGCAGACCACUUUGAAAUUAUAACAAAUUUUAUAUCUAGAAAGUCGACGACGAUGCCUUUCUAACUAAAUUGAUAUCAGAUAUACAGUCACAAAGGGAGUUAUGAAAUAUCGAACGUUGCUCGAUUGUUACCGAAUAAGUUAUUAGUUUGGACAGAAAUAUUUGUAUUUUGUCAUAUUUAUACAGAUGAUAAUAUCUCAAUGUAAUAUCAUAGUCCAUUGUACAGUGUAGGCGGUAUUUAGAAUGUAGUGACAUCAACAUUUUCUUAAAUCCUAGUUAGAGAUAUAUUAGUAAUACUAAUUCCCAAAUGUAUAUUGAACUUUGACGCGUGACAAAUACGACGCCGCUAUUGACCCCUCUAUGUGUAACAUUCGCCAAGUUCUUAAUAUUAAGUAGGUCUCAAAGUCAAUCAGGUUGUGUUAACCCCAUAUAUUAUGAUCAUUACAAUGAAUUUUGGCCUAUUUCUUUUGUGUAUGUAUUAAUAUUUACUAUGUAUACGUUUUAGUCGACGUCGCAUUUGUCACGUGCGAAAUCUAACACGUUAUACUUAACAUAGCUGAUAUUAUAACGGCUUAAGGCGGGCGUUACGUGAAGAUCUUUUACCUUAAAAAUAAUUUGUUUAGAUGUAGAACUGUUUGAGUUUGCGUAUUCUGAUCAAAAAGUUAUUGUAAAUUUGCUGUACAGUAAUCAGAUAUUGGCCGCCGACGCACUUCGGGCCGACGCGACGGCGAUCUCGCAAGACUGUCGUUAUACCGAACAACUUAAAUACUAUGUAUUAUGUCGAUGUAAAUAGAGUACGAAUUAGACAUAUAGACGCGUUGAGGGAUAUAAUCGUAGUGUUCUUUUGUACGUAUCAGAGUGCGGCGAGUGAACGGCGGCGGCCGCGACCGUGCUGCGAUAUUCCUUGUGCCCCUUGAAAUAUCAGUGCAUUAUAUAAUAUAUGAGUCAAGAUGUAUAGACGAUGCGGUAGUGUUAUUGUGUAAAGUGUUUAUACCAGCUCGAGUCAGGCGGAGAGCGAUCCUUGCCAGCCGGUUCGAGCGAACGACGACAAGCUAUGAAUCCUGACAUCGGCUCACGUUAAUUAGCUUUUAAAUAUUUCAUCAAAAUAUAAAAUACACAAAAAAAAAAUGGAUAUAAAUUUCUCGACCAAGUGCUGGUUGUUUUUUAAAUUAUUAAAAUGUAAAAAAAAUUAGAUUAUAAAAAAAACAAAGUAUAGGUACAAUUUAUGAAUUAUACUUUUCUUUUCGGCAUUUUUUGUAAACAGUGGAAGGGGCUUAGCUUUUUUUGCUAUUCAGAAAUCAACUAUAAUUACUUAUUAUGUAUGCGUACAGUUGUUUUCGAGUUGAGCGUUCAUUGAAGCUACAUUAUGAUGAAUGUUCCGUUUUGUGAUUUAUUUUGCUCAUGUCCUCUUCCAUUGCUUAAGGUUUUUUUUUUGUUUUGUCAACUGUCUAUUUGUAUAAUUUGUUAAGGCAGGGUAAUGCAGAUAUGCGAAGAGGUACUUUUUUUUUAUUUUAAACAAGAUUGAUGAUUUUGUUUGAAUGUUUCAAUUGAGUUGAUUUAAUCCAUUCAAUGGAAUUUGUAUUGUUACGAAAGGAGCAAGAGUUUGUUGUUUUUUUUUUAAUUAAGUCAUUUUGAAUUUCGAUGAUUAAUGAGGCAGCGAUUAGUUAAUUAUAUUUGUCAAGUUACCACAAAAACAAUAGUCAGUGUAGUCUCUUUGGCGGCGUCCAUUUUAUGUAGUGCGAAUGAACUGAUUCAGUGUUCGGGGAGAACAAAAAUAACAUCACACAGUGCAUACGCCAAAGAGAGAUUGUGAAGAGUAUUGUUGUAAAAGGUACCUAUUCAAAAUCUGGAUACACAGACUAACUCACUCACCCUAGAGUCAAGCAGUGUUGCUACAAUGUGCAUUUAUGCCAACUUCAUUUAAGUUUUUAUUAUGGGAUCAGUGCCAAAAUUUUCUCCCUUCUUGUUUAGCUCAAAAAUAUGCAAUUGUAAGCACGCUUGCAAGUAACAACUGAGUUAAUUGUUUAGUUAGUCUGCCAUUUUGUGAAUAUUUUGUUUUGAUAGUAAUAUGUAAAUCUUUUAUAAUAUAUUUGUUUACAAUAAAUAAGUAAAUGACAACAUUAUGAAUAAAUGAAAUUGUAUUUUCCAUUUAAACUGAGAAAAAAUAUAAAAAGAAUAAUAUGCAAUGAA